AUUGCAGAAGUGCAACACUGACAGGGUUGGAGGACGACCAGGUUGCCGAGGUACCAGUCGACAGGUAAACAAGGCAACAGAACAUCCAGCAUGGUGGGAAGGAGACGUGGCUCCAGAGCCACCAGGGGGUCACAGAAGCCCCAACAGCAAAGCACGGGGGGACCCCGCAAGAGGCUGAGAGAGCCAGCAUUAUUUGCCAAGGAAGCAGGAUAUGAGUCGGAGGUCCCUCAUGAAAAGCUGACCAUCGCCCAAGCCAAGAGAGGCACACCAGCAAUCCGGCCGGUCCGAGUCUAUGCUGAUGGGAUCUUUGACCUCUUCCACUCUGGACAUGCUCGCGCUCUGAUGCAAGCCAAGAACCUGUUCCCCAACACACAUCUCAUAGUGGGAGUCUGCAGUGAUGAACUCACACACCGGUAUAAGGGCUACACGGUGAUGACAGAGUCUGAGCGCUACGAAGCCCUGAUACACUGUCGCUAUGUGGAUGAGGUGGUACGGGACGCUCCCUGGACCCUCAGCCCUGACUUCCUGAAGAAACAUAAGAUUGACUUUGUAGCGCAUGAUGAUAUCCCAUACACCUCUGCUGGAUCAGAGGAUGUCUACAAACACAUCAAGGAAGCAGGGAUGUUUGUGGCCACACAGAGGACAGACGGCAUCUCUACCUCUGACCUCAUCACCAGGAUAGUGAGAGACUACGACCUCUAUGUCCGACGCAACCUGCAGAGAGGCUACACAGCCAGUGACCUCAACGUUAGCUUCAUCAGGGAGAAGAAAAUCCGUCUUCAAAACCAGGUGGAUCGUAUGAAGGAGACGGUAAAGACAGUAGAGGAGAAGUCCAAGCACUUUGUGCACUCGGUGGAAGAGAAGAGCCAAGACCUCAUCCACAAGUGGGAGGAGAAGUCCUGGGAGUUCAUUAGUAAUUUCCUGGAGUCGUUUGGUCCAGGUGGAGCGUGGCAUGUGAUCCAGGAGAAGAGUGGGCGCAUGCUCCAGGCUCUGUCACCCUACGCAUCGCCCGCUGCCUCGCCCCGUGGCUCCCCCGGCAGCAGCCCCACCAGAGGGCGUUCUCCAUCGCCUCCCUCCUCUCCCUCCUCUCAAUCCCCUCGUUCUCCUCGUUCCUCCGCCACCUACCCCAAGGGUGCCUCUGCCCAUCCCUCAACUUCCCUCAGCAGCAUGAGUGAGGGGGAUGACGACGAGAAAUAGAGACAACACUUUCCCUCAAACACUCAGUGUACAGGUAACUGCCGAAAUAAAGGAAACACUUGAAGAAACACUUGACUAAAUGAGAGAUACAGGACAAGGGAAGCUUGGUCUUUACAUCCUCAAAGACAUGCUUCUGUCAGCUGUAACUAUUUUGAAUGUGUCAAUAAUCACGUGUAUUUCAAACAUAGACAAAGAUAGAUUCAGAUUUUUGACUUUGUAGAUGUAACUGCCAAAAUAAAGGAAACAUUUGAGUAAAUGAGGGAUACAAAGUAUAUUGAAAGCAGGUGCUUCCACACAGUUGUGGUUCCUGAGCAUAUUAAACAAUUAGCAUCCCAUAAUGCUUAGGAUCAUGUAUAAAAAUUCCCAGUUGCCCAUUAUGUUGGCUAACAUGGCUAGAAGAAAAGAUUUCAGUGACUUUGAAAGAGGAGACUCAAAGUAGCAUAGAGGGUUAAAUGGUGUGUGGGUGUGUCUCAGUCACCUGAUCUCAAAACCAAUUGAACACUUAUGGGAGAUUCUGGAGCGGCGCCUGAAACAGCGUUUUCCACCACCAUCAACAAAAGACCAAAUGAUGGAAUUUCUC